AUGAAAUUCACAUUUAAAUUACCACUUGCAAAUUUCUUCAAGUACAAGCCAGGCAAAUUCAACUACAGCUUAGAACAACAAAUUCGUCAAAAGUUGGACUCAUUGCCUUCAGUGACAAGGAUCUAUGCCAACCCAGAUGGAACACCACGUGUGCCCUCAGAUGAGGAGUUCAAGACAAUAGCUGAGUUGCAAAACAUGUACUAUAAAAGAAACCACUCCGAGUGGAACUUCAUUUUACCAGGUAUUCCAAAAGACCAAUUGAAAUUGUUUGAAGACAACUCACAGGACUUGGCACAUUUUCAAUUUGUCACCAAGGAUGCAGGAAAGAUUAUUGAUAAGAUUCCAUACAAGGAUGAACAGACAGGAGCAUUGAAAUGGAAGAUUAUUAGAGAAACACCAAAGGCUGAGGGUUGGGAGAUUCCUUACUUUUACAUUGUUUUACCUAUUUUUGCAUAUGUGCUUUAUGUCAAAUACACCCAGCAAACAAAGGCUAGAGAAGUUGAUGGUCCAGAAUGGGCAGAGAAGGAAUUGAGAUUGAGAGCUAUGGAAGAGUUCUUCCACGGAGAUACUGAAAAGGCUAAAGAAUUCUUGAGCAAUAAGGAUAAAUCAGAAAGAGAAAUCAGGGACAGAGACGAUUUGGUCAUUGCAAGAAUCUUGGCUGGAGAUUAUGACAAAUUGGCCCAAUUGAAGAAGAAGCAACCUCAAGACUUGAUCAAAGUCAACGAGGAUCCAAUUUUCAAGUAUUGA